UAAGCCGAUAAGCAUUCUGGUAAUUGCCUAACCCACAGAGCACAAGACCAAGGAGAAAGAGAAGGGAGGGUCAAGAAAGGGCCAAAUGAGCCGAGAAGGUGAGCUCGUGAAUCUGAACGAGGGAACUAAGCUGUUUCCACGGGGGCUGGUCACGCGGUGUUUUUUUUUAUUUUCAUAUUUCCUUUUCUUGGGACGCGCGACGAUUACAUCACCCCCACUUUCCCCUCCCGUUCCUCUACUUCCUCUCUCCAACUCGACUCAACUGGUAUACUCCGCACCAACAUCAGCCAAGAACAUCACUCCGAACUCUACUUCAUACUCUUCUCUAGGCCCUAGGCGUGCAAAUUCAUACUACUUUGUCCUUCCUAGAGAUGCAGUACGCGCCAUAUGCGUCCGAUAUCGAGCUGCCGUUCUAUACGGCGCUCGCCUCACAUAAGAUCAACCACGAUAAGCUAGAUGACUCCGCCCGAUCCGUUCUAGGGCUCUAUGAGAUCCGCUCCACCGAUGCAGAGAAUGCGAGCUGUCGAAUCCAGAUCCAUGGAAAUGCUCUUGUGAACACCGAAGCACCGGCGGCUUACUACCGUGCAGAAGGUAUGAUCAAGAAUGUCAACACGAUCGAGGAUUAUCGUAACAUGGAUAAACCGCACAUGAUUCUCCAGGCUGGGAAAACGAUCUGGGAUGCCAUCAACGACGGUACCAUCUACUCCUGUCCGUCAUUGCUAUCAUCGUUCAUUAUUCUAUCCUUUGCCGAUUUGAAGAAAUACAAGUUCUACUAUUGGUUUGCAUUCCCUGCCAUCCACUCCGAUCCAUCCUGGGUUCCCGUGGCUCCGGCCGAAUCCCGUCAGGCCCAGGAUGCCAAUGCACCUCUGGGCGAAUAUCUCGCUUCUCAGGAUAGCGCCGCUUUGGUGGAUGCAGUGCAAACCUGGAGUUAUGGAGUCGAUAGUCGGCAGCGUGGCUUUUUCUUAGCCCGAAAACUGCGCAGAACAUCCGGCAAUUCAUCUGGGAGCCCCUGGCGAAUUGCUGAGCUGUCGGAAUACGAAAAUGGCUUUUUCACAGGUUCAGCAUCCGAGGACCAGUAUAUCUGCUUCGCCGAUCCGUCCAAUUACGAGAGCGCUCCCGGCUGGAUGCUUCGCAAUCUGUUGGUUCUCGUUAAACAACGGUGGGGUCUGAAUCGGGUGCAAAUUCUACGGUAUCGCGACGUCCAAUCAAAGCGUGAUCAGGGUCGCAGCAUGGUGAUUCGUCUCGAGUCGAAGCCUGUCGGAGAUGAUGCUAGCCCGACUGCGAAAUCCCAGCAAACCACCGGUCAAAUGCCCAAAAUCACUGGUUGGGAGCGUAAUCCAGCCGGAAAGUUGGCAGGGAGAAUAGUGAAUCUCACAGAAUAUAUGGAUCCUAAGAGGCUGGCAGACCAGUCGGUCGACCUCAACCUCAAACUCAUGAAAUGGCGCAUCAGCCCGUCACUGAAUCUGGAAAAGAUCAAGCACACGAAAUGUCUUUUGCUCGGGGCUGGCACUCUUGGGAGCUAUGUUGCUCGUAAUCUGUUGGGAUGGGGAGUGAAGAAAAUUACUUUUGUCGAUAAGGGCAGUGUUUCAUUCUCUAAUUCCGUCCGCCAGCCCCUCUUUACGUUCGCCGACUGCCUGAAUGGCGGUGCGCCGAAAGCCCAUCGAGCAUCUGAGGCCUUGAAGGAAAUUUACCCCGGGGUCGAGACCUCUGGACACCUUCUUUCGGUGCCCAUGGCUGGUCAUCCGAUUAUAGAUGAGGACGCGACGCGGGCAGAUUUUGAAGCUCUCCAGAAACUCAUCGACGAGCAUGAUGCCAUCUUCCUUCUCAUGGACACUCGAGAAUCAAGAUGGCUACCCACGGUAAUGGGCAAAGCAGCGGGCAAGAUUGUUAUGAAUGCGGCAUUGGGAUUCGAUUCAUACGUUGUCAUGCGUCACGGUAUCUCCGAGACUGCAGAUGAACCGGCAGAUCUUGGAUGCUACUUCUGUAAUGACGUUGUAGCACCUGCUAAUUCAAUCAAAGACCAAACUCUCGAUCAACAAUGUACCGUCACUCGUCCAGGAGUUGCCGCAAUAGCCUCUGCACUCCUCGUGGAACUGCUCGUCUCGAUCCUUCAGCACCCACAGGGCGCCGCAGCACCGGCCCCAGUGACCCGCAGCGAUGAUCGAGGAGAUCAUCCUCUGGGGCUUGUACCACAUCAAAUUCGAGGGUUCCUCGCAAACUUUGAAAAUAUCACAGUCACCGGCAAGAGUUACUCAUGCUGCAGCGCUUGUUCGGAUAAGGUGACCAGUGCAUAUAAAGAACACGGCUGGAACUUUGUGCGAAAGGCCCUCAAUGAGCGAGGGUACGUGGAGGAACUGAGCGGACUCAAAGAGGUCCAAGAGAAAGCCGAGGCAGCCUUGGCCGACGUUGAGUGGGACGAGACCUCAGAUGAUGACGAGAUUGAGAUGCUGUGAACAAGAUUCCCUAGUUUUGAAUAUUGUUGGGCGUCAUGGGCAGAUGUAACAAGUUUGGUUCACGCUUUGCGGUCAAGCCCGACGAAAAAGGCCUCUUUGGAUUCCUAUCAAUGUUUGUUUUUAGCCGAUGAUCGGUGGAGUAUGAGGAAUAUGGACAAGGCGUACACUGCGUGACGAUUCAGGCUUAAGUCGAUGAACUCUUUGAAACAUAUCUUUGAGCUGCUUCUCCAACUCCUUAUCCUCUGCUCCCUGGUAGAAUUUACAGACGAAAUGCCCGCCUGCUUUGAGGACCUUGGAACUGAAUUGUAACGUAGCGUUACAAAGGUCCUGUAGCCCGAAGUAAAAGAAGAUUAGUUCAACGUCUGCGCAUAAUUGGCAGUCCUGCUAUAAGCAGCAGACACCCAGUGAGAAAGGAGAGGGGACUUGCCAUGCUCCCAGCGUGAUCUCUAAAAUUAUUUCCGCUGGUGUUCAUCAUCCUGUGAUAGGGAUUACUUAGACUUCGUUUCCAGAAACCGGAUGUCUGGUACCAGGGAGCAGACAUAUCGCUGAGAACCACAUCCACCGUCCUUUCCAUUUUCGCACUGUCGGGUUGUGUCGCAUCGGCUUCUGCUACAACGGCUGGCUCGAGCAAGCUGGAACUGGCGUCGUCGAUGGCCCCGGGCUGACGAGCUCGACCUCGGUUUGGGUUGCGCAAGAACUCCUGGAUAUAGUCUUGGAUCUCAGGUGCAAGGAAGUUUCCCUGGAUUGUUGAAACUCCUUUUGGUGGUUGCGCGGGGAUAAUGUCCACGCCGAGCACUCGACCAUUCGGCUGUGUCCGGCUCACAGCUACCUGUAUGAUUAUGUUAAUACCCUUGAUUGCUUAUAUCGAGGAAGAUAUUAAAGGGCCCACCUGUGACCAUGAUCCUGGUGCGUAACCCUGGUCGAGGUUGACAUGUUAGUUUCGGCCUGUUCCC